AUGUGUUCCAUUGAGCCUUUUCUCGACAAGUUGGACGUACCAUUGGCAAGCCUGAUGGCUACCAGCGGUGACGAACAGCCGGUGGGCAUUGCCGUCGACGAAUCAUGCUGGAAGCCGGGCAUAAUUCGCAUGUGCGCGGAGGCGGAGUCCAUGGACACCGUGUCUCCCAUGGACACGCUCCUCGACCCGUCUAUUGCAUACUGGGACAACGCAUCGUACUCGCCUGCUUCACAUGCGUCGGACUGCGACAGUCCUGUCAUGGGCAUGGAUGUCGCCAUCGACGCUAGCGAUGCACAUGGCAUACUCCCGUGGCCGGGUUGCAAGAAGCUUCCCGCACAGCCUCAACGACACUCAACAAAUCAAACACCAGAGACAAGGAAGAACCAGCAGUUAUUAUCGCUACUCGUGAAGGCAACCACCGCAGCCUGCCUGUCUUACCUAAUACCGCUAUACUGCGAUGCCAGGAACCAAAGUACAAAAAUCAGUCACCAGCGGAUGGUCAUACCGAAUCUGCUGCGGAAGCAGGCUACUCACGGAGCUAAGCGAGAGCCCCCUGAGGAGGAUGACUACGUUGAACGUCCUCCUAAGAAGACAAAUGCGCAUCAAACAAGACUAAUGUCAGAUUGUGUAGCGCCCGUAGUGGACGAAUCCGAGUUCUACCAUACGAACACCACACGAUAUUAUACCACUGGCACUGAAACGUGA